AUGCGUUGUGAUCCACCCGCGCAUCUCAACCAGCUCAGCCAGCCAGACAUCUCAUUUAGCUCUCCCGGACAUAGUGCAACAAUAAAUAUGUCGCGUAAAAAGGAUUCAAAAAAAGCUACAGAAAAAGAACCUAAAGAUGAAAACAAGACUUUGGAUGCGGAUGGGCAAAUGCUUAUUAUCCUACAAGCAUUACUUAAUGUCGUCAGUAUGAUUUGCUCGUUGAUAGGUGCAUAUAUAACGUUUGCGGGAGUGGAGACGGUAAUCAAAAUUAACAAGUACGUGGACCUGCCGUCAGGCAUGACCGGAGCUGCUCCGUUUCUAGUAAUCGGUUUUGGAGCAUGUAUGGCUAUCGUCAACGCUUACGCCUUCUACUGCGUCACCAGGAAGGGGCCGAUAUUUUUUAUUUCGUAUGCAAUUUUUUUAAUGUGCGUCGGCAUGACGAUGGGGGGAUUGCAAAUAUCGCUGGAGUCCUACCGGGAGGCGUUGAAAGAAGGCAUCGCCGACGGGCUCAAGAGGAAUAUUCAAAAUUACAAUUCAGUCACGACCAACCUUGACAUGAUUCAAUCAACGUUCCAGUGCUGUGGCAUAGAAAAUAGCAAGGACUGGUUACAAUAUUCACCGAAGUCGAUGAUCCCGAAGUCCUGCUGCGUAAACCCCACCUACUGCGACAAACAUUACGACAAGGGUUGUGAUGCGGCACUAAACAUAUUUAUAUGUGACAAAGUGGAAAAAUUAAACAGCUUGUUGGGGAGUUUCAUCUGGCAUCCAGCCUUCGGCAUCGCUCCGGCCCUCAAAAUCCUUACUUACAAUGUUCGUGGCAAAAUAUGCAGUGACCCGUGA